GCGUAACCUAAGCGGUGAACGACAAACAAAAGAAUAAGAGUGUCUACAGACACGAUCGGAGCUCGCCGCUGUAGCUGGAGACUGUGUGCGCGUUUUACUGAUCACAUCUGUGUAGUUUUCGAGGUGCUAUGACAGGGUCCUCUUUGCAAAAAAUAAAAAAUGACUGACAAGAAGCAAAACGGAGAUGCGAGGACAGACUCAAGUACGGUAGAUGAUGCUAUUGACUUUACCUAUAAAGAGAAACCAUGGAAACCGCCGACAGUCUUAAUAUGGAGCAAUAUCAUAGCGUUUAGCCUCCUACAUCUGGGAGCACUUUACGGACUGAUUCUCAUUCCCUCCGCAUCGCCUUCAAGCCUUGCAUGGACUGCAUUUUGCUACGUCUUCAGUGCUCUUGGUGUGACUGCUGGCGCACACAGAUUAUGGAGCCACAGAUCCUACAAGGCCUCCUUUCCCCUGCAAGUCUUUCUUGCCUUUGCCAACUCCAUGGCAUUUCAGAAGAACAUAUAUGACUGGGUGAGGGACCAUCACCUCCACCACAAAUAUGUAGGCACAGACGCAGACCCCCACAAUGCCUCACGGGGAUUUUUCUUCUCCCACAUUGGUUGGCUCCUGGUCCAAGAACAUCCUGACUGCGCUGAAAAGAAACAGCAACUCAACCUGUCUGACCUGACGACAGAUAAAGUGGUUAUGUUCCAGAAACGACAUUACAUGGUGUCUGUGCUAGUCUUCUGGUUCCUUGUGCCCACGCUGGUUCCCUGGUACCUCUGGGGUGAAUCCUUGGUUGUUGGGUGCUUUGUCCCUGGACUCCUGAGAUAUGUUGCACUCCUAAAUGCCACCUGGCUUGUAAACAGUGCUGCACAGUGGGGCAACAGACCUUAUAACAAGAACAUCAACCCAAGGGAAAACAAGUUUGUUUCUUUCGGUGCCAUAGGAGAAGGCUUCCAUAACUACCACCAUACGUUCCCCUACGACUAUGCUGCAAGUGAGUUUGGCAGCAGACUCAACCUCACCACUGCCUUUUUAAACCUCAUGUGCUCUUUGGGUUUGGCCAAAGACCCAAAGACGGUUCCCAAAGAAACAAUCAUUGCUCGGAUGCAGCGAACUGGUGACGGCAGCAACGAGUCAAGCAGCUGCAAGUGACACAACGUUGUAUCAAGACGGUGUCAUUUUACUCGUCGGGUGGUCUUCUCAAGAUCGUUUUUAUCUAGUGUAUCUGUGUAUUUUUCUUCUUUCCUUUUAAAAACAUAAAAAAUACUUUUAGACCCUCGAGAGCAGAGUCAGUUGGACACCAUGUUUGUUGUAUGGAUGCACGGGGUUAUCAGCUUCAUGAUUUCUACUGCUGACAUUUGCCUUAUUGAUUUCCAUCAGUCCACUGGAGAUUAAAGACAACCUCACCAUUUGCACAUAAGGAUGCUACAAAAAUCAAGAGACCUGCUUCUUCUUUCCUCCAGCUGCAGACAACCAAAUCAGUCUCUUUUUAAGGAUGAUUUGCGACACUGAUAAACGCACUUUGUUCUUGAUUUUCAGAUACUUUUUUGUUGUUUUUUGUAUGUAUGAACCUUAAGCACGCACCAAAUUCUUUGCACACCAGAAAGGACACUUUUUAAAAAUUUUUGGAGCACUGUAAAACUAUUA